AUUUUAAAAUUCACGUUGCGGUCAGCCUGAUUGCAACCUUUGGUUUAGUUCUUCUGCAUUUUUUUAAGUCACACCAAUUAUCAACAAAAUACUUUGCAUUAAGUAAAAACAAUUUACAUAAAAAAACUUCACAAAAAUGGAUCAUUUCAACUUUGGCGGUUCGGAACUAACGCGUGGUCACAUGGUUCAAAUGUUACUGCGUAUUUCUAUAGCCUCAGUUAUCACUUAUUACUCAGUCAAAUGGAUGAUGAAUCAAAUAGACCCGACAAGUAAAAGCAAAAAGAAGGCAAAACUUUUGGCCGAAGAACAGUUAAAAAGGCUGCGUAGAGAGGACAACUUCGAUGUAAACUUACAAACAUUUACCGAUUACGAGUUGAUGAUUGCAUCACACCUUGUUGUUCCAGCAGACAUUGCGGUGAAAUGGAGUGACAUCGCUGGCUUGGAUGCCGUCAUACAGGAUCUACGCGAAUCGGUUGUGCUGCCCGUGCGACAUCGCGACAUGUUUAAGAACUCCAAGCUGUGGCAAGCGCCGCGAGGUGUUCUACUUCAUGGUCCGCCUGGAUGUGGCAAAACGCUGAUUGCCAAGGCAACCGCCAAGGAGGCGGGCAUGCGUUUUAUUAACUUGGAUGUGGCUAUACUGACCGAUAAGUGGUAUGGCGAAUCACAGAAGUUAGCCUCUGCUGUUUUCUCGCUGGCCGCAAAAAUUCAACCAUGUAUAAUUUUUGUGGAUGAAAUCGAUUCGUUUUUGCGCGCCCGCAACUCAAAUGAUCACGAGGCCACCGCCAUGAUGAAAACGCAAUUUAUGAUGUUGUGGGAUGGUCUCAGCACUGAUCCAGAAUCUGCUGUCAUUGUCAUGGGAGCCACAAAUCGGCCGCAAGAUCUGGAUAAGGCAAUUCUUCGUCGUAUGCCAGCACAAUUUCAUAUUAGUCUGCCAUCUGAAGUGCAGCGUGGACAAAUUUUGAAAUUGAUCUUGGCAACGGAGGAGAUUGACAACAAUGUGGAUUUCAAUCGCUUGGCAAAACUGACGAAUGGUUUCUCGGGCUCUGAUCUACGUGAAAUGUGUCGCAAUGCUUCCGUUUAUCGUAUGCGACAAUUUAUGACAGCCACGGAUAGAAAUCAACAGCAGGCGUCGAAGCCACAGCCAUCAACUGGUGGUGCAGACAUCAAUAAAGCUAUGAUCUCCAUCACCAUGGAUGAUCUACUGAGCUCGCACUUGAAAAUGAAGGAGUCCAAAAUGCACACUGGCAAUCUAUUCAUGGAGAAUAGAAUAGAUUUAGAUUAACAAGCUUUAGUUUUGUUUAUUUGUUAUUAAAUUUUGAUCACAAA